AUGUCAGGCAGCAAAGAUCCUAGCCUGUAUGGCAUGUCAAAGUCGCCGGCAGGCACGACCACAAAAUCUGGACCACGAUCACGUGCAAAGAAAGAGGACAUCUUCAGCACACACAACCGCAAUACGGCCAAGCGAGCUAAAUGUGAUCUCGAUCCGGAUGCGGGAGGAGCUUUCGAGCAGAAACACACCACCAAUGGAGAAGUGUUGGAGAGUGGAGUAUGGCAGCGCAGCAAGCGGAAGAUGGAGGAGAAAGCGAUGCUGUAUGCUGCUAUGAAGAGAGGUGAUGUCGAGGAUGCGGAUGAGAGGUAUGCUGUAGAUUUUGAUAGGAAGUGGGCCGAGAACAGAGAUGGAGAUGAAGAAAUUGAGGAAGACGACGACGACGAUGAUGAUGGAGAUGGAGAGAUGGUAGAAUAUGUCGACGAACUUGGUAGGAACAGGACAGGCACAGCAGCCGAAGCAGCGUUGGCCGAACGUAUGAAGCGAGCGGAGGCCCUUGGGAAGGAAGCAGAUGAUCAUUCCACAGCCCGCCCAUCUGCACCAUCAAACAUCAUCUACGGCGACACCAUCCAGCAUCAAGCCUUCGAUCCCGAUGAGCCCAUCGCAGCAAAAAUGGAAGCUCUCGCUCGAAAAAGAGAUACGAGUCUCACGCCGCCACCUGAAACGCACUUUGAUGCUAAUUGGGAGAUCAGAACGAAAGGCACGGGGUUUUUUCAGUUUAGUGAUGAUGCUGGGGAGAGGAAACGGCAGAUGGAGAAUCUGGAAAGGGAGAGGGCGGAGACGGAGAGGAGGAGAGAGGAGAGGACGAAGAAGGUUCAUGAGAGGAAGAAGGUUCUGGAGGCGAGGAGGUUGGAGAUUCAGAAGCAGAGGGGGAAGAGGAAGGCGGAGGAGUUUCUGGAGGAACUGGGUGUUGAGUUGGGUGGGCGUGGGAUGGAACAGGAGGAUGAGGUUAGAGAUGAAUUCGUGGAGGAUGAGGGUAGUGAGGAAAUGAUGCGGAGAAUUGACAAAGCCGUGGAAGAUGAGCGUGAGGAUGGCUGA